GAUAUGUUAUUCAAUAAUAAAGCAUUUGCAAGCAGCCACUUAGAAAAAAACUAGUGAAUUCUUAGUAAAAAAGAAGUUAAUAAAAUGUUUACAAUACGCUAUGGCAAGCAAUUUACGCUGGCCCUGAUGCAUAUGAGUCGGGCUGUUCAAGUGCAGCCUAGUUGCGGAAUUGCGGCCUGGUCAAGAACACAAUUACACACAGCACAAUUGCACCGCCAGCAAAAACAACAGAAUCAACACAGAUGGUUGACAACGCGAGUGGCUGAUAAGGAUUCGGAGGCUAAAGAUCUUAAACGUAUAUAUUAUGGAACAUUGGCUCCACGAAUGAGAAUGGUGAAGCUCUUCUCGCUGACCACCAGUUUGGCCGGCUUGGCUGCUCAGCCCGUUCUCAUGGAGCAGGGCAUUAAAAUAGGUGGCACGGGCAUGGCCAUCUUCCUAUGCUCGGUAGGUGGUUUCUUUACCUUUGUGACGCCUUUGCUGCUACAUUUUGUGACCAAGAAGUAUGUGACGGAACUGCACUACAAUCAAGCUACGGAUGAAUACAUUGCUACCACAAUAUCCUUAAUACUGUUGAAGAUCAAAACGAAAUUUCGAGCAAGUGACGUGACUGUGCCGGAGGUUCCGGGCAUGUUUACCUCGUUUUUGGUAAAAAAUCGCCCGCUCUUCGUUGACCCAGCGCUCUUUGAUGAUCCCGAACAUUAUGUUCGCAUUAUGGGCUAUGAUAAGCCUAUAGACUUUAAAUUAAAUUUAAAGCUUGAAUCGGAUCCAAUUCAAAAGAAAAAGUAA